AUGGUUUUUAAUUUACAAUUCCACUGGUCAAUCAGAUUUGCCAUCAAUAUACUCGUAUUAAAUGCACCUUUUUGGCUUUUUUGGAAAUAUCCUUUUCUAUUUUGGACAUAUAAACUAGAGGAAAGAAAGAACGAAAGACUAAAAUCUUAUGAUCAGGUAAGAAUGAAGCCAUGGAACGAAAUCCAAGUCAUGACUCAUGAAGCAGAAUUAGUCAGAGAAAUGAUCGAAAAAGAAGGACACCCAAUGCCACUUUAUGAUAGAAUUUUAUCUGAUGAAGAACUUAAAAAGCAUGGAUUGCAUUCCAUUGGAAGAAAUUAA